AUGACUGCCAAAACUUUUGAUAUCAAAUUUAAGGACAAAAAGGAGGAAAAUCAUGUAUAUUAUCGUUUCAAGCGCAAAGUCUUUGAAUACUUGACGUACGACGAUGUUGAUGCUGCCAUCUCACUCUCAAAACUCUUCAAUUUUGUUGAGAAGACUGUGAAUGUGUUUGGUAAGCUGAGGGGGUUUUAGUUUAACUAUUAAACUUAUAUUAUUUUAGGUGUUGAUAACGUGCUGCACAGAUGUUUGGUUGUGUUCAAAGCAUUGGUAGAUUGUCAGGAGAAACCAAACUCGUUUGAACUAGAGUAUUUGAGGGUACAUUUAUCAGAGAGUUUGAAUGAAAAGACGGCAGAGAGCUUGUGCAAAGGUAAGGAUAUUGUUUUACUUGUUUUUUGAAUGUUUAGGUGAAGAUUUUUGCUGAAAUCAGGUUGAAUAAUGAAGAUACUUGUUUGAAAUACAUAGUAAUGCUAGAUAAGCAUCUUGACUGUCUGACUAUAACAAUUUUUCAGCUGUUAGCGGCGUGAGAACAUUGGUGGGAAUGAAACAUCUUCAUGAACAAGUGGCCAAUUUCUGGAAAGAAGCUAUUCUCGACCCUUCGUGUUUAGUCGAUCCCCCAUCUGUUGUGUUGUACAAAAAGUCACAAUAUGAUAUAGAACCGGAGAUUGGAAUAAUUUCUGGAGAUGGGAAUCGAAUAUUGAACGAAGCGUCUCGAAUCUUGGGGAUAUCUAUAUCAGCUGUUGGGCAGAAGCCGGCUGAUGCGAUAAAAUUUGAUGCAGAACAAGUGCAAUGGCGAAAUUCGGUGUUGGAAAAGAUUGAUUUCAACGAUGAAGUGUUGGAUGAUGUUGAAACAAACGGCAAUAGUGCGGUGUUGAGUGCUGACGACUUGUUUGUGAUGUUAAGGGAGUACGAUCAACCAACUGUCUUGAUGCAAAGGUUGUCAGAGUUGCUAAAUGGUCGACAGUCUGAUGAUGCGAUUCAACAAGAUGUAAGGAUGUUUUAAGAAGUUAUAUUGAUUGUCAUGUUUCUGUUUUUUUUACUUUUUGGUAAAUAGGUUGUAAAAACUUAAUUUUAGCCUAUGUUAAUAUAGCUUUUUGAUAAUUAAAGCUUCAAAAAUGGUUUUUUUUAAUAGUUCUAUUAAUAUAUGUGGUAUUCAGCUUAUUUUUAAAAAAAUUUUAUUUUGUAAUUUUAUUGUUUUAGCUAGUCGACUUAUUAGGUGUGGAAAACUUUGAUCUUCUUCAAACGUUAAUCGAAAAUCGAAAGACGUUGGCUCAAGAAAUACCUGAUUUUUUGGUCAGGAAGGUCAAGGAACAAAGGAUUCAAGAAGCUGUAGGUUUAUAUUCAGUUAUUAGAAGUUUUCGUUUUAAAUGUUUGGAAAAAUCUGUUACCUAAAGUAAUAUUUUUGUGUAAUUUGAUUUUUAGUUAAACUUAUAACUUGUUUUUAAUUGAAAAAGUUUGCAAUUGAAUUUCUAUUGUAUUACGCAGCUUUUCAAACUAAUAUUUUCAAAAUGACGUUAAUUCUAACUAGUUUCAGGGACCACCAGACCCAACAGCUCGAUAUGCGGGUAGUGUUACUAUUAAGACCAAAAAAGAAGCCCAAAUUCAAAAGCAAAUGAGAAAAGAAGAAAAGAAAACAGAAAAGGAAUUUAAGAAGCUUGUCUUAACCAUGGGCCACGAGGAUAAAAUGGCAUUGGAACUGGCCAGAGCUGAGCAAAUGAAGCAACGACAACGUGAACUACAAGAUGCUAAUGAUUUUAGUGCCAAAUUUGGAUCUCAAUCAGCUAGAAGGAAGCUGCCAUUUGUUUUUGAUGCCUUCUCUUCGUCGCCAAUGAAAGAUGUUGAUUUGUUUGGGACAAAGUUCUCAUUGCCAGAAGGAACGACGAGGAAAAUUACAAGAACAUUACAGGAGGUUACUGUGCCGCCACAGGAUAGAAGCUUGAACAUGGAUGUGCAUAGUGUUAUGAUCAGCAGUUUGGAUCCGGUAAGAGACAGCGAAUUAGGUUUUGCAGGGUUAAAUUUGAUGUUUAGGUAACAUUUUUAAGCGAACUUGGCUUUUAGGUAUCAUUUUAACGAUAUUCUUGAUUUUUAGGUAACACUAUCUAAUAUUCUUGAAAUUUUUAGUAUUUUAGGUAACAUUUCCAAGGUUAUUCAAUUUUUUUUUAUUUUAAAGGCUCGAUUUUAAAUAAAAUUAAAAAAUUAUUUUUUUAGCUAGGCCAAGCAGCAUUUCAAGGAUUUGAAAAGCUAAACACUAUCCAAUCGAUUGUAUUUGAACAAGCCUACAACACCAAAGAGAAUCUACUGAUUUGUGCCCCAACUGGAGCUGGUAAAACUAAUGUGGCCAUGUUGUCGAUUCUAAAAACCAUCCGAGAUCAUUGCGAUGAACAUGGACGGAUUCUCAAAGACACUUUUAAAAUCAUCUACAUUGCUCCAAUGAAAGCUUUGGCCGCGGAAAUGACAAACAGCUUUUCGAAACGAUUGAAGAAAUUGGGGUUGACUGUUAGGGAGCUGACUGGAGAUACGCAGCUGAGUCGGAAGGAGAUCGACGAAACUCAGGUGGGAUAUUUAUCGUUACUUCUAAGCCUACGUCUAUCCCUAUUCUUGCUCCUAGCCUUACUUUCACUUCUAAUUUUACCUCUAAUUGGCCCUGUACCCUUUACUCCUCUACCUUUAUUUUUACAGUAUCUUUUUCUUUUUUCUACAGUAUGCUCUACCUUUAAAUCUGCCUUUACUUUUAACUUACAAUACGCUUUACUUUUUUAUACUGUAUUCUUUACUUUUUAUUUUAGAUGUUGGUCCUCACACCUGAAAAAUGGGAUGUAGUGACUCGAAAAUCAGAUGACGAAGCUUUAUCUCAACUUGUCCGACUGUUAAUCAUUGAUGAAGUUCAUUUACUGCACGAUGAAAGAGGUCCAGUUAUUGAAACUAUCGUCGCGAGGACUUUGAGACAGGUAUGGUAACAUUUUAUAAAGAACACUAUCUUAGCAUUUUUAACUUGUGAUAUUAUUAUGCCUAUUAUAAAAGAAUCAUCUCUUAACGGUAUAUUACCUAUCAUAAAGUUUAAUAUAAUAUGUUAACAAUGGUACAUUAACAUUGACCUUCUUCUUAACAACUUCAUCGACUUUGGUGAUACUGUUGAUCAAUAUGUAUUGAUAUUACUUUGAAAUAAUUUGUAAUAUUAUUACAGGCAGAAGUAUCUCAACAAUCAGUAAGAAUAGUCGGUCUGUCAGCUACACUACCCAACUAUCUUGAUGUAGCCACAUUUUUACGAGUAGACCCAGAAAAGGGAUUGUUCUUCUUUGAUGGACGAUUCAGGCCUGUACCCUUGACUCAAACGUAAGUUGAUAUUAGAAGUGUAUUGUGAUGAAACAUGUUUUAUAAUAUUAAUGUUUUUUUUGGGUAACAGUAAGGGGGAACAAAAUCAACUCUAAAAAAUUUUUUUGGGCGAGGUAAUUUUUUGUCUUUUUUUGGAGGGGGUGCAGGGGGGGGGGGUUUAUUUUUUCCAAAAAAAUUUUUUUUUUUGAUUUGGGAAUAAAUUUCAUUUUUGUCUUCAGUACAAUCUUGCUUUGCUGCCAACGAUUGAUUGUACUAAAUAGUAUUUUAUGGCCAUGCUAUACUAAAAACUCGAUUUUUCAGAUUUGUGGGAGUAUCAGAUCCGAAUUCUGGAGACCUCAAAAAAGCGAUGGAUGAAGCUUGCUACGACAAAUGUAUCGAAUACUUGGCUGAAAAACAUCAAGUUUUGGUGUUUGUGCACAGCCGAAAUGCCACUGCGCAAGUCGCCAACUUUUUGAUCGAACGGGCUGGACAACAUGUGGGUUAUUAAGGUUUUAGAUGUUAAUAUGAGGGUGGAAAUUGAGAAUUAGAAUUCUGAUUGUUUAGGUAAUAGAUGGACUUAGAAGUUAAAAAUUUGAGUUAAUAUUGAUUUAGGUAAUGAUAUGAAGUUGAAAAUAAGAAAUCUGAGUUUAUGUGGUUAUAAGUAAUGAUAUGAUUUGUGAAAAUCUCGUUUUUUAAAAUUUUUAAUGAUAUUUGUAUUUGAUUUGAAUACGUCUAAAAAAGUGUUAAUACUGAUGUAUUUCAGCAAGAACGACCUCUAUUUGAAUCCGAACACGCUGGAAAACCUCAAUAUGCUAAUGCAUGUAAAAGGGUAAGAUAAUAAGUUUAAAAUUUUAUGAGUUAGAGAUAGUAAAAUACAAAGCGAGUAAUAUCCUUACUCUAACUUUUAUUCUGAAUUAUAACUUGAGAUCUACUGUGAUACUCUUAACUUUGAUCCUACAUCUACCCCUAUUCUUGCUUUGAUUACUCCUACAUUUACAACUCUUUACUCCUACUUUUACUUUUGUUAAAUUGUUUAAAAAAAAGUUAAAAUUCAAACCUACAGAUGAAAAACGUGGCUUCGAAAGACCUGCGCUUCUUCUUCGACUACGGUAUUGGUCUUCAUCAUGCCGGCCUAAAACGGACGGAUCGAAACUUGAUGGAACAAAUGUUUUCCGAAGGUCAUAUCAAGGUCUUAUGUUGUACCGCGACUUUGGCUUGGGGUGUUAAUUUACCAGCACAUGCUGUUAUUAUCAGGGUAAGACAAUAUUUGUGGAUUUAAAAGUUCUGUCGUUUUUUAUUGUUAUAGGUAAGGUAAAUUGGCGACAGGACUUUUUUUGGGCUUUUAAUAUAAAAUUUUUUGAAGUUUUGAAUUAAAAAUGGAAUAUUACUAUGAUUUUUUGACUGUUGUCCACUAUGUUGUUGAAAUUCUGAAAAUUUUUGGCAUUUUUUUUUAAAUUUUAAAUUUGAAAUUUUUAAAAAUUUAGGUGUUUAUGCUAUUUUUAAUAAUUGUUCUUCAGGGUACUGACGUUUUCGACCCAAACAAGGGCUCAUUCACCGAUCUAGGCAUCCUUGAUGUCCAACAGAUUUUCGGUCGUGCCGGUCGUCCUCAAUUCGAAUCCUCUGGCCAUGGUGUCAUCAUCACCAAGAUGGCCAAACUCGACAAAUACCUUGGGAUGUUGAUACGAAAAACCCCGAUCGAAUCCAAAUUCCAGGACAAAAUUCAUGACAAUUUGAAUGCGGAAAUUGCCAGAGGAACGGUGACAAAUCUAAACGAAGCGGCCGAAUGGUUAAGAUAUACCUAUUUCUACGUUAGAGCCAGAAUCAACCCGAUUGCCUACGGAAUUGACUACAGAGAAGUGAGAGAGAGCCCGGAUUUGCAAGUUUAUUUAGAAGAUUUGUGUUAUUCGGCCGCGCAGAGAUUGGAUACUAAUCAGAUGAUCAGGUUUGAUACUAAGUAAGGGUUUUCGAAGGCAUAUGGAUGUUGUUUUAGCUCUGAGUUUUAAGGGCAGGGGUAGAGGUUGAAAAUUUUGAAUGAAAGUGUUUUAGCAACAACUACUUGAGCUCAACAGAUCUCGGGCGAAUCGCAUCCUUGUUCUAUAUUACAAUUGAAUCGGUGGAAACCUUCUUCGAUGCGAGUGCCAAUACAAAGUUGUGUGAGGCAAUGACAGAUGAUCAACUUAUGGCCUUGCUUUGUUCUUCAUCGGAAUUCACACAAAUUCAGGUAGCUUUACAUUUAUAUUAGGUGUCGACAUAAAGAACCCGCUAUGUUUUACUGGAAAUUACAGGCAAAGUAAGACGGGUUCUUGAUGUCGGCAUCUCGGUAAGGGAAUAGGUUAAAAAUGGCAUUUUUUUACAAAUUUAAUAUUUUUUAAGCCUGGUUUUUUUAAAUUUUGAAAAAAGAAUUAAUACAACUUGCGCACAAUUUCCCGUAUUUUACAAUAAAAAACUUUUUUCAAUGAAGUUUAGGUAACAAUUUUUUCAAAAUUUUAAAAUUUUUGCUGCGGUUUGUCAAUUUAAAAAAAAUCAAGAUUUAACGUAUAAAAUACGAUUUCAGUGUCGAGAAACAGAGAUGAUGGACUUGGAAAUGCUGAAGUCGGGCUGUACGUUGCCGAUCAGAGAUGGUGUACUGGCCAAUUCGGCUGGAAAAGUCAAUUGUUUGCUACAGGUACAAUUAGUUUUGUAUCUUUAAUUCUACUCCUAUCCUUAUUCCUACCUCUAUUUCCACUACUACUUCUACCCCUAACCUAUCCUACCCUACUACACCUUACUUUACCUUACCAUACCGUACCCUAUUUUGCCUUAUCUUACCCUACUUUACCAUACUUUACCCUACUUUACCUCUACUUUUACCCCUACUCCUACUUCUACCCAUUUUCUAUUACCCAAAUCUGCCAAACUCUAGCUAUAUGUAAUUGUAGUGUAAUAUUAACCCAAAUCCUUUCAGAACUACAUAUCUCGAGUAGAACCGGCUAGUUUCACCCUCCAAACCGAAAUGUACUACAUCAGCCAAAAUGCGUCGAGAGUGGCCAGAGCUCUAUUCGAAUGCACAUUACGAAAGAAUUGGUCAACAACUGCCAUUCAAUGCCUCGAGUUCUCGAAGUACAUCAACAGAAAGUUGUGGGUCUUCAACAGUCCACUAAGACAACUUGUUGAUGUUGGGCUUCUAAAAGAUAUUGUGGUACGGAAGAUCGAAGCCAAACGAAAUCUGAGCUUCUUCGACUUGCUGGAGUAUGACAAGAAGGAGUUGGGUGCUCAGUUCCAUUGUGAUGGUGCUAUUUUGUACGAGUGUCUGAGAAUGAUUCCAUCGCUGGAUGUGGAUGCCACUAUCAAACCGAUCACUCCGUAAGGGCUUUGGUGCUUUGAUAAUAAUUUAUUUGGUUAAUUGGGGAUGCUUAUUAGUUUUUGGUAUUUGAGGAUGGUCUUGUAUUGGGUUUUGGUUCUUUGACAAUCAUUUAUUUAAUACUUUGUGUAUGAAUUUUGCAUUUUCAGCACGAUUGUAAGGAUAGACGCCAUAAUAUGGCCCGAAUUCAACUGGUGUGAUCGAUUACUUGGCCAUGGUGGAGCGGAGCGCUUCUGGUUGAUUGUCGAAGAUUCGGAUGAAAGCCACAUUCUUCAUCAUGAAAUCAUAUUGUUCAACAAGAAACAGGUAAGAUAGUGCUGGGUUGUUAUGAAUUCGGGUCGAAAAUUUUUGGGAACAAGGGAAAGUUAAGGAUUUAUCAGGAAAAUGGACGUCUUUUGGGUUUUUUGGUAGUUUAAUACUAAAAAAAUUAAGUUUUGUGAUAUUUUUGGGAUUACAAUUGUUUAAGGGGCACAUAAUUAUGUGAAUAACCUAAUACUUAACGCUGUAAACAUAGCCUUUUACAAUAUUCUUUUAGGUAAUACAAAAAGCCGAACAACACCUCACAAUCACUUUACCCAUCGAAGACCACCAAGUCAAACACCACUUCAAGCUUCGUCUGAUCAGUGACAGCUGGGUGGUGGACGAGACUGCCACUACCCUAACAUUGAAUCACUUCAUCCUGCCUGAACAGCCAAAAGCCCACACAGACUUGUUACCACUGGACCCACUGCCAUUGUCAGCGUUGAACAACCCAGAUUUUGAAAAUCUGUAUCCAUUCGAGUUCUUCAAUCCAGUCCAAACUCAAGUCUUCUUUGCCUUGUACAAUACCUGGGACAACGUGUUGUUGGGGGCUCCAACCUCCAGUGGCAAGACCUUAUGUGCAGAGCUGGCUAUCUUUAGGGCUUUGCUUCAUCGACCGGAGAAGAAGGUGAGGGCUUGAGAAGGGGAUUUUUGGAGGUUUUGAAUUGGGUUUUAAAAAGGUUUUAGGACGUUAGAACGUUUUGUCGUUUUUUUACUUGUAAGUUAGUACAAGUUGACGACAAAAAUUUUUUGCUAGUAUUUUUUGGCGUUUUUUUUAUUUAAAAAUCAGUGUAAAUUGACGACAAGACUUAAUUUUUAAGAAGUUAUGUUGUUUUUCGAUAUGAAAAUCAAUGUAAAUUGAAGACUAGACUUUGUUGUUAAAAAGUUUUGUCGUUUUUUAACGUACAACUUUAUGCAAAUGAACGACAUGAAUUUUUUCGGUUUUGGACUUCUAAAAUUGUUUUCAAAUUAGUGUUUAGAACGGGAUUCUAGUUAAUUUUUUAUGGGCCAAAAACUGAUUUUGUUGUUUUCAGUGCGUCUACAUUGCUCCACUAAAGGCGUUGGUCAGAGAAAGAGUGUUGGAUUGGUCGGAAAAAUUCAAAAAGCAACUUGGUGUCAAGUAAGUUUUUUACUGUGGUAGGCUAGCUAUGUGUAGACCAAAAUAAAUAUUUUUUUUUGGCAUUUUACUCUUCCUUUCCUUUAGAAAUGGCUUUCAUCCUCUCUAACUUGUAAAAUAUUUGAUAUAUAUUUCCCUCCCCUCUCCCACAAUAAAUUUUUUUUAAGGUUCAACAUGGUCCUAUGAGGGGUUUUCGAAAAAAAUUGAAGAAAAAGUUUCUCCACUUUCAUAAAUUAAAAAAAAUUGAAUUUGGUCCCCGCUGUUGAUUUUUCAAAAAAAAAUAUUUUCUGUUUACUCACCCCCUCGCCUCACCCACUUUCUUCUCUAUAUGACCCAAUCUAUCCCUCCGACACCGUUCCUGCUUAUUACAACACUCAUAUUCGUCAAUUUUCCAAAAAGUAUUACCUAAAUUUUAGUAUUGUCGAAGUCUCCGGCGACGUCACCCCUCAACCAGACGAACUCAAAAAAGCCCAACUCCUAAUUACCACGCCCGAGAAAUGGGAUGGAAUUACUCGAAGUUACGACACAAGACAGUAUGUUCAAGACGUCACGUUGGUUGUCAUCGACGAAAUCCAUUUGCUGGGCGUGGAACGUGGCGCCGUGCUCGAAGCCAUCGUGACCAGAUUGAAGUCGAUUUCGAAGCGAAAAAACAGAGAACAUCCGGUCAGGAUUGUCGGCUUAUCAACCGCUUUGGCCAAUGCUUUCGACAUUGCUGAUUGGCUGGGCGUUCCGGAGGUGAGUGAGGGUUUAAACUUUAGGUAAUUUUUGAUAUUUUAAUUUUAUUUUUGGAUCAAAUGGUACACUUUGUAAUUAAAAAUGGGACUUCAUCUAAUUUUCGAAUUAUUGAUAAACGUCUUAAAUAGUACUAACCUUAUAUUUUCAGAGUGGGCUUUUCAACUUCCGACCAUCAGUCCGGCCAGUCCCGAUCCAAGUCCACAUCCAAGGCUUCCCAGGCCAACAUUAUUGCCCAAGAAUGGCCCUAAUGAACAAACCAGCAUUCCAGGCCAUCAAACAGUUCAGCCCAGUCAAACCGACCUUAUUAUUCGUCGCGUCAAGACGUCAAACCAGAUUGACAGCGAUGGCAUUCGUCUCGAUGUUGGCAUUGGAGCCGGACCCACGCCAGUGGCUCCACAUGGACCAAAAAGAGCUCCAUGACGUUGUUUCCACGUUGAGAGAUGAGAACUUGAAACUGACGUUGCCAUUUGGCAUUGGGAUGCAUCAUGCUGGCCUGCAGAGUUAUGAGCGGUCGAUUGUGGAAAGGUUGUUUGUUGAGAGGAAGAUUCAGGUCUUAAUUGCCACAGCCACCCUGGCCUGGGGAAUCAACUGUCCAGCCCACCUCGUUAUCGUCAAAGGCACCGAGUUCUACGAUGGUAAAACCCACAAAUACAUUGACUUCCCCGUCACCGACGUCCUCCAAAUGAUUGGCCGUGCUGGCCGUCCACAGUACGACGAUUCCGCCGUAGCCGUUGUCUACGUCCAGGACAUGAAGAAGAAGUUCUACAAGCGUUUCCUCUACGAACCAUUCCCAGUCGAAUCCGCCCUACUCACCGCCCUACCCAACCAUGUCAAUGCGGAAGCGGCCGCAGGCCAAAUCUCAUCAAAACAACAAAUGGUCGAUUACCUGUCCGGUACCUACCUCUACAGACGCAUCUUCGCCAACCCAUCCUACUAUGGCAUCGAAGACUUUGAUGAAAAGAGUUUGGUGAGGUUCCUGACGAAGUUGGUCGAUGAAACAGUCGAUGAACUAAUCACAUCAAGAUGUGUGGAGUAUAUCAAACAAGAACAGCAUUUGAUCUGCACGCCGUUUGGAAGACUGGCUAGCAAGUACUAUUUGGAACACACGACCAUCAGACAUUUGGCCGAGAAUCUGAAGGAAAAGAUGGAGACCGACGAAUUUUUGAAUGUUUUAGUGGUGAGUUUUGAUGGUUUUUGAAUGAAAAUAGAUAUAAAAUUGUCGUUUUUGAUUACAAUUAACUAGAUAAUUAAUUUCUAAAUAGCUAAAAACAAUUAAACCUUUCAAAAAACCAUAUUAUUACCUAUAAAUGCUUUCAGAAUUGCCCUGAAUACUCGGAAAUACCCUGCCGUCACAACGAAGACCUCAUCAACCGUGACCUGAACAAACUCCUCCCCUACAAAAUGCCAAACCACGCCGACUUUGAAUCCUCACACUCGAAAACCAUGGUCCUAUACCAAACCCACUUCAGUCGAAUCCAAUUACCGGUCGAUUACCUCACAGAUCAACGAAGUGUAAUCGAAAGUUGUAUUCGUAUCUUCCAAGCCAUCCUCGACUUUGCCGUACUGAAAGGAUGGCUCAGCACAUCACUCAAGACCAUCAUCAUGCUACAACAGGUGAUUCAGGCACGAUGGUACGAUGACCAUCCACUAACCUGCCUUCCAAAUGUCAGUCCAAGCCUGGCCAAGUCUUUUGGAAAAGAAAUGACGAUCCCAAUGUUACAGGAAGAGUUGGGCAUUAGGAAAUUGAGGUAUGAAUUGUAAGGGUUGUGGGCAUUUUUUUUUAAAUUGCGAAACUUUUGGUCUUUUGGGAGGUUAAAAAUGAAGUUUUUCGAAAAAAUUAUGAAAAUUGAAAGCAGUGUUUUAAAAAAUUCAAUUUUAUAGUUAAAUACAUCUAUUUUCAGAUCAGAACCAUCAGAGAAAGAACACAAAAACGUGAUGAAUCGCAUGAAAAAACGUCUCCCAUUGAGUGAAUUCGAAACUAAACAAGUGGUCGAAGCCCUGUUCGCAUGGCCAACGAUUCGUAUCACUGACUUCAAAUUCCAAAAGGGAUUGAUGCAAGCUCCCUUGAACUUGUUUGAACGAUUUGAGAAACAAAAAACUGAAAUUCCAUUGGAAAGUGGCAAGGAAUACAGAGUUAAAGUGGAAAUUCUCAUUAUUGGACCUGCUAAAGUAAGGUUUUUGGAGAUUGGAAAGGUUUCAUAGACAAUAUUGAGGUAGUUUUGAGGAUUUUAAGGUAGUAAAGUAUGUGAGAAAGAUAUUCUUAAAUUUUUAAUGAUAAGUAAGGGAAAUAUUUUGGCCGUAAAACCCAUUUUCUGCGUCCUAGCCUACUACAACAUGACCUACCUCAAUAUAAUGCUUGAUGUAUAAUAUCCCAAAACCUCCGAUUAGACUGAAAUUUAAGUAAAAGAUGAACAAGGUAUCCUACAGUAAUUUCAUAUUAACUUUUAGAAUCAGAAAGCCACCUACUCUCCAAAGUAUCCAAAAGAAAAGUCACCUGGACUGGUACUAUUACUCGGUGAAAAAGACACAAACAGCGUGUUGGCGUGCAGAAAAACUGGACUACUGCUCGGUGACAAGCCCCACACAUUCCAUUUGAACUUUUUUGCUCCAGAAAGUCGGUAAGAGUUCAAUAUUGUAGCUAUUUUAUAUUAUUUUAGGUAAUAAUUGACGUUUUUUGAUAGGAAGACGAAUUGAAUUAAAAUUGAUAUUUAUGUAUCUCAAAGCCUAAAUUAUAACAAAAUAUCAUGUAAAAACGAUAAAACAUACUUUCAGUGGUCCACAUAUCUUCACUUUGUUCGUCAUGUCCGAUUCUUACCUCGGAAUCGACCAGGAAUACGACGUCUACUGCGACGUCCAAUAA